UCACUCGCCGCCAACUCUGUUUUGCACACAACGUGGGGAUGUUAUAAGGUUUCAACUAUAAUUUGAUAAAUGUAAUAACAAGGCAACGAUUAAAUUUGUUUACAAUAAAGGAGAGUGAUCAGCGAUGUUUAUUGUUUGUAACCAGUAACUUAAAGGUACAAAUUAUAGUGUUAAUUUACUUGUCUUAACUUCAUAACCUUCAAUUUCAACAAAACACCCCCGACUUGUCAACAGAGUAUGUUCGAAAAAUAAUAUAUUUAAGAUGAUUGAUCACAAGAAACAAGUGGUUGAUCCGGAAAGCCCUACUGAAAUGGAUUCGGAGGCGGAUGAAGAUCUCGAAGAACGUUUAGAGAAGCAGAAACCUUUGGUGAAAAUUAACAAAAAGAGGAAAAACAGUGAAAAUGAUGAUCCUUCUGCGAAGAAGAAGGGGAAAGUUGAAAAGGGUUUGUACAAACAGCCUACAGUGGAAGAACUGAACCAACUUAGAGAGACUGAAAAUCUGUUUCACUCAAAUUUAUUCAGACUGCAGAUCGAAGAAAUUCUCAGUGCAGUGAAAUUAAAAAGCAAGUACCAAAAGUUAUUUCAAGCAUGGUAUGAGAAAUUUGAGACUCAUGUUAAGUCAAUCAAAGGGACCAAAGAACUUUCUCUCGAGGAUGAUACAUUAUUCAACAAAUUUAAUGUGAAAAUUCCUAUGGCAAAGUUGCCAAACGACUGCGUUGGCACUUUAAAAUAUUCACCACCAUCUAGCUUCACAGUAGCUGGUUCAUAUGCAUUAGAAACAAUUGUAGGCCCUGAAGCAUCCAUUGAUAUAUUGGUAGAAAUGCCUGAAAAUUUAUUCAGUAAAAUAGACAGUAAAAACUACAGGUAUAUGAGGAAAAAAGCAAUAUAUCUGGCAUAUAUAACGAGUAAAAUUGGCAAAGACUUGGCUGAAACCAAGAGCUUCAUUGGGAAUCAUUCAAAUCCUAUUUUGAAAAUUGUUCCCACUGGAAAAUUGGGAAGCAAAUUUGUUGUACAUGUGCAUGUUGUAGUGCAAGAAACAUCUUUACCACCAAACAAAUUUACACCUGAAAAGAACAAUGUAAAACCAAAUUGGUUUUUUAAGGCUACGGAUAAAAAUACAGAUAAUAACCCGCCAACUCCAUAUUAUAACAGUGCAAUACUGCAUGAUCUAACUGCAUUGAAGGCAAACACUCAAAAUGUCAAAUUAAUCAAAGAAUAUCCAAAUAUAAGAGAUGGCAUUGUAUUAUUAAAAAUCUGGCUAAAACAACGUGAAUUUUGCAAUAAUUAUGAAACGUUCAAUGGUCAUGUGAUUACAAUGUAUGUUUUGUACUUGCUGCUUACAAAAAAAUUAAACACGUUUAUGAGUAGUUAUCAAAUAGUCAGAAACACGUGGCAGCAUUUAGCAAAUAGCAAUUGGUGUAAGGAAGGUAUAAGCCUAUGCCAAGAUGAGAAAAUUGCUGCUCGAAUCACAGAAUACCACAAGCAUUAUGAUUGCGUAUUUCUCGAUUUUACGGGAUACCAGAAUAUAGCGGCAAAUAUCCAAGAAGACGUGUUUAAAUGGGUUUCGAAUCAAGCAGCAAUGUCAAUUGAAUGCUUGAAUAACACGAGAGUUAAUGGUUUUCAAGUACUUUUUAUGCGUAAAGUACCCUUUUAUAAAGCAGUUGAUUUUGUCAUUUGCUUACACAAUGUCAAAGCUUUGGAAAAUAUCUUAGAUGUAAAUUCUGACGAAUCUGAUAAACUGAACUAUGGUCCUAAUAAAUAUGUGCCAAUAAUCAAACUAAUUUCAAAGUUUUUGAAACAAGGGUUGGGACAGCGAGCAUCGUUUGUGUGCGCAUUUCCACGUAAAUUAAGAGAAUGGCAAACAAAUGUAGAGAUUCCCAACGACCUUGAAAGAAUUUACAUUGGAUUAAAACUAAAUCCUCAUCAUGCAUUCAAUAUUAUUGAGAAGGGGCCUGGUGCUAAUCUUCCAGAAGCAGAGGCAUUUAGAAAGUUUUGGGGACACAAAUCGGAACUUCGAAGAUUUAAAGACGGCACGAUUUGUGAAGCCGUUGUUUGGGCUAAACCAAACGCUACUCUUGCUCAGAAGCGCGAUAUAUCUCAGAGAAUAUCAAAAUAUUUAUUAGAAGAAAAACUCAAGCUUUUUGAAAAAGCUCACUAUUUCUUUUUCUCUAAUCAAUUAGAGGAGUUUCUUAAGAUGAAAAAGGUCAAGGUGUGGGGCUUCCGCUAUGGGCCAGAGGAAGCCGCGCUCCAGGUAAUCAACACCUUUGCCGGCCUCGAAAAAGACCUGUCGAACCUGACGGAUCUGCCGCUUUCGAUUAAUGGUCUUCAGGGGUGCAGUCCGCUCUUUCGAUACACUGAUGUAUUUCCACCUUUAGCGACUGUACGAAAAACCGACGGCAAAAAUGUCGUAGAUACGCCUUCCCAUCUGCGUUUUGUCGAGAACGGUGAUGUAGACGAGGUUCCUAUGUACCUGGCUCCGGUCGAGGUGACGAUGCAGCUGUCGACGAGUGGAAAGUGGCCCGACGACCUCCAGGCUCUAAGGAUGACCAAGGCGGCGUUUCAUCUUCAGAUAGCACAGUCUAUUAGAAAGCAGUGCAAGAUCAGGGCUCAGGGCUCUAUGCACUAUAUUGAUGUGAUGAAGGAUGGCCUAGUCUUUAGGAUUAGAAUUGCAAAUCAAAGAGAGAUUGGUCUUGUAAAACAGCAAGUGGACGAAGAUGGUGUAACCAAAUACAGGGACAACGAAGAGUCCCUUGAUCUGGAAAAAAACUUAUUUCAUCUCCCUAAAAUUACCGGCGCUUUAUACGGUCUCCACUGCCAGCAGCCGUCAUUUGGCCCAGCCUGUUGCUUAGCGAAGCGCUGGCUCGCAGCCCAGCUCAUCGACGAUUCCCACAUGCCGGAUAUCGCUGUUGAGCUGCUCGUGGCCUCGAUGUAUCUCAAUUCCGAUCCGUACGAACCGACAAGCGCGCCACAGGUGGCCUUCCUUCGCUUCCUCGAGUCCUUCGCCCGCGAGCAUUGGAGCACUGAUCCGAUAAUCGUCAAUUUCAACAACGAGAUCACACGCGAAGAAAUAGUGGAAAUAGAGAACACGUUCGGAACGUCACGAGAAACGCUUCCGUCUCUCUUCAUCUGCACACCUUACGAUAGGGAAGCCAGUAUAUGGACACGUAAGGCACCGACUCCGAUCAUUUUGAAACGUAUCAGUGCAUUAGCCAAAGAAGCUUUAAGACUCCUAGAGGUGCAACUAUUUUCGGAGACGAGCGUCUGCUGCGAUCCACUGUUCAAUCCGCCUUUGUCAGCGUACGACUGUCUGAUACAGUUAAAAGAGUCGCUCAAUCCCCGGAAACAUGAAGCCACAGCCAUAGUAAAGGAUGAUUUGCCUACGAAGGAUCUGUAUCCUUUCAAGGAACAUUCCAAAACUCGAAUACCCAUUGUGGGCUUCGACCCGGUAGCAGAAUAUUUGAGCGAACUGAGGAAACAUUACAGCGAACAUGCUCUUUUCUUCCAUGAUACGUACGGCGGCAACGUCGUAGGUGUUUUACUGAAACCGCAAGCGAUGCAGCAAAAAGAUUUUAAAGUUUCCAAUACAAGCUGCCAGAAAUUUAAUGACAACCAGAAACUGAUUUUAAAUGUAUCUGCGAUGAUAGAAGAUUUUUACAUUCUUGGAAAAGGACUUGUUGAAAUUAUAAAUAUCCAAUCUGGCAAAUUAAAGGCAUUGUAAUAUAUACGUUAUAAAAAAGAAAUUAUUAAAUAUUUGUUUUGUAAAAUAAACAAGCAUAGACAAAUGCUAUUUGAUUAAAGUAUACAUUUUGUAUAAAUUA